AUGGAGUACAUACAAGAAUCUCUCUUCCCUUACCUCCGCGCCCACUCCUACACACUCCUCAAAAAGACCAUCUCGACACUCCCCGCCUCAGCAACCGCGCACCUGACUACCCUGCGAUCCGCCUACCUAGAACCAUACCUCGUCCAACCACUCGCCUCGCUCCUCUCGCUCUCAUCCUCAGACCUCGUCUCCGUCGCUAUCAUGCUCCUCGCGCUAUACAUCUCGCUACGGAUCCUUGAUUAUGCGCGGCGCGUGGUGAUGUUCUGGGUGAUGUUUGUUGUUCGGCUGUGUUUCUGGGCGGGUGUGUUGGGCGUCGGGGUUUAUGUGUAUAAUGUUGGAGUGGAGAGGGCGGUUACGGAGGCCGGGUGGAUUUGGGGUGUGGUGCAGGGGUUUAUCGAGGAUUUUGUGGCGGAUGUAGAAGGGAAAGGGCAGCCAAGAGCGGCUGGAUAUGCAUAUCAGAAUCAACGAGGGGGGAGAAGGAGGUGGUGA